AUGGCUUGGGAUCACCUCUCGAUCAACCGGCCGCAUUUGGUCUACAUCAUUCUUGGUGGGUUUACAUCGCUGUUCAUGCUUUGUUCGUCCUUCAUCAAGGAAAGACUGUAUAUCGGUGAAGCGACUGUCGCCACUAUAUGCGGCAUCAUAUUCGGUCCACACGCCGCCGAUUUGAUCAAUCCGCUGGAAUGGGGGAACACCGAUCAGAUCACGCUCGAAUUUUCUCGAAUUGUUCUUGUGGUGCAAUGUUUUGCCGUUGGGGUCGAAUUGCCCAAAUACUACAUGGAAAAGCAUUGGAGGAGUGUGGUAUUUCUCUUGAUACCUGUGAUGACAUUUGGUUGGCUGAUAACCAGUCUUUUCAUCUGGUGGAUGGUGCUACCGCUUACCUGGCUUGAGAGUCUCUGCGUUGCAGCUUGUGUGACUGCUACGGAUCCUGUCUUAGCCAGUUCCGUUGUUGGUAAAGGCAAAUUUGCAAAGAGGAUUCCAAAGCAUUUGCGAGACAUUCUCUCUGCAGAGUCCGGAUGCAACGACGGCAUGGCAUUUCCUUUCGUUUAUCUGGCCUUAUACUUGAUUGAAUAUAGACCGGAUGCCAACGCGGUCGCCUACCAUUGGAUUGUUCUGACCAUUUUGUACGAAUGUGUCUUUGGUGCUGUGUACGGUUUCUUGAUUGGAUAUAUUGGAAGACACGGUAUCAAAUAUGCUGAAAAGCAUGAGUUGGUAGACAGAGAGAGUUUUCUUGUCUUUUACUUUGUGCUUGCCUUGUUUUGCGCUGGCUCUGGGAGCAUUCUUGGUGUUGAUGAUUUACUGGUCGGUUUUGCUGCAGGGGUUGGCUUUUCAAACGACGGUUGGUUCUCGCAAAAGACCGAGGAAUCUCACGUUUCCAACGUUAUUGAUCUGUUGAUCAACUUGGCAUAUUUCGUCUACUUGGGAACAAUCAUUCCUUGGGAGCAGUACAACAAUGCGGAUCUUGGACUUACACCAUGGCGCUUAGUCGUCAUCGCCUUAUUCGUCAUCUUUUUUCGCCGCAUACCGAUUAUGUUGGCAUUGAAACCAUUUAUACCGGACAUUAAGACCUGGCGCGAAGCACUUUUUGCAGGACAUUUUGGACCGAUUGGAGUAGGGGCUAUUUUUGUCGCUAUUCUCGCGAGAGCCGAACUGGAAACAGAGACGACCACACCUUUGGCAUCUUACCCCGAUCCAGAAGCACACAACUACACUGUCGUAGCUCUCAUAUGGCCGAUCACGACCUUCCUUGUUAUCUCCUCGAUUAUAGUUCACGGCUCCUCGAUUGCAGUUUUUACCCUUGGCAAGCAUAUCCACACCCUAAAUCUACAAUUGUCAUACACUAUAGGAAAUACCGACGGCCCAACCUGGAUGAACCGACUGCCUCGCAUAUCAUCCACAUCAAGAUCCCAGGCCAAGUCCUAUACUUCAGACACUGAGGCCGAUGAACCUAGGGCAGAAGACUUUCCACCAGGGACAUUUCCACCGGGCACGUUACCUCCAACUGGGGUACCUGGGCAGUUCUUGAGACGACAGAGGGAGGAAGACAACCCCAGUCGCGCGGGUAGCCGUGCCUCUUCACUCAUUUCUCGACGCCGAAAGAAGAAGUGGGAUGAUGGUCGCGGUCCUGGAGGCCCUAUUCAACAGUCUGCAAUCUAUCCCGUCAGACGAAACCAGACAAACCAGACAAACCAGACCGAGCAGCUUAGCGAGCAGACCUCUGAAACUUUGACGCCUGGAAAUGGAUCAAGUGAGAAUGAAAAGGAGAGCGAUGAGGAGCCCCAUCGCAAAGAAUCGGAACGUGAUCCAGAGAAAGCAAGCGAGUACUUCAGCAAAGCUGAACGUCAUCCAGAUCGCCGAGAGGUGUUCGAUGAAGGUGAUAAUGAAAUUAUUGAGAAUGAGGACGGCGACGUGCUAGAUGUUGAGAAAACUCCUUCGAAGAAAAAGCAGGAACUCCCACCACAGCUCGACCCAUCACACAAAAAUUUCAAAGGCAAAUUUAGCGCUUGGAGGCAUCGAGGAGAGCCCGUAGAGGAUGAAGCGAAUAAAACACAAAGACGUGGUGCUGCCUUGGCUUACCAGUUUGGUAAUACGAUUAUUGUUGAAGAUGAAGACGGUGAAGUCGUCAAAAAGUAUGCACUCCCACCGGCUGUCAAGGAGCCGAAAAAGCCAGGGGAGUCAAGUACCGUUCAACAAGGAAUUGACAUGAUGAGUGGCUGGGUUGGAUUCGGGCCUAAGAAGGUUGAACCUAAACCUGAGAUGGCAGAGAAAGGCGACGCUACUCAAAGCAAGCGACCUACGCCAAAAUCAAAUCCAUCUGCUGUUCGCCAAGGCUUGCAACGGAUGGGAACUUGGGCUGGAGUUAAGCCGGCAGAGCAAGACGAAGAGGACGAUAGACAAAUUCGAUUCAUGAUUGGCGGUGCUGGACGUCGUCUUACUAAAGAAGAUUUCUUGAAGGAGAUUCAAAGUCUCGAUCCCAAGGCUCGUUGCGAGAUCAUCAAGGAAAGCGAUGCACCAGAGGAGAUGAAAGAAUUGGCCAGAAAGGACGCGAGCAAAGAUGCUCCGGGAUCGAGCCGCCUCUAUGCUGCCAAGAAUCCACAAUUUGUCACAAGAUCAGCUGGAAAGCAAAAUACAAAGGGCCGGACAAUCGAUGAGGAGGAAGAGUCACGGCCACGGACAGGGAGAGGUCGACCAAUACCUGAGAUCUCGAGACCAGUCUCAUCAAAUUCAAGAAAGAUUUCAAGCUCACCAUCAGACGAUGAUGAUGAUCUCGUUGAAUCUGCAGCUGAGCGUAGACGGCGCCAGCAAGCACUGAGAGGUGUAGACGACGAUGACGAAGAUGUCAGCCCAGGUAGAGGACGAAGCCGUCAAGUGGAGGACGAGGAGGAUGGAGAAGUCGAAGAAUCAGCAGCAGAACGAAGACGGAGAGAAGCAGCUCUUAGCACUGUCCAAGAUGACAGUGACGAUGACGAUACGCCGCGCGUGCCGCCACCAGUCGCAAAACCUAGCAGAGGUAUCAGAUUUGCACAAAGUCCAGUGCGAGGAAACUCGAUUACUGGCAAGAGGCAUCUAAGUACUAUUUGGUUGUCACACGUGACUCGUAUAACAGACUUGAUCACAUUCCAUCUUGAAGCCGAGAGAAAAAGCACGACGACCACCAUCAGCCAGUGCCAACCACAGACCCUCGAAUUCACUCGUAAGAUGAUAUUGCUCAGCAUACCGGUCUUAGGAGUCAUCCUAAUCGGUUGCGCUGCGAUAUACAGAUACAUUAUACAUCCUGCCUUCAUCUCACCGCUCGGAAAGGUUCCUAAUGCUCACUGGUCGGCUCCUUUCUCAAACCUCUGGAUUCUAUGGAUUCGAUAUAAGGUUAGAGAGAACCGUACCGUUUAUGCUGCUCACCAAGCGCUGGGUCCGGUUGUCAGACUGGGCCCUUCGGAACUGAGUGUUAAUGAUGUCAAUGGGUUGAGAUCCAUAUAUGCUGGAGGGAUGGAGAAAGGGGAGUGGUAUUCUAUUUUUGAUAAUUAUGGGGUACCUUGUAUGUUCUCUUCGUGGCACUCAAAACCACAUUCCGUUCGGAAGCGAAUGAUAUCUCACAUCUACUCCAAAACCACAAUCCAGACUUCACCAGCUCUCCAAUCUCAAACUCAAACUAUCAUCUAUGACCGUCUUCUUCCCAAAUUAUCGUCUCCAGCAGCAAUCUCUAACGUUGGCGUCGAUGUCCAUUCCAUCUUCAACGCAACCACUAUGGAUUUCAUAACGUGCUAUCUAUUCGGACUGAAAAAUGGAAGUAACUUUCUAGAUGACCCAAGGGAAAGAGGAAGAUGGUUGGAUCUUUAUCACAGUCGAAAGACCCAUACCUUCUUCAACCAGGAAUUACCAAGAUUUACCAAAUUCAUGAGACGGUGGGGAGUGGAUCUGGUGCCGAGAUGGGUAGAUGAUGCAAAUGCUGAAUUGGAGGAUUGGACUAUGAAAGGAUGUGAGAACACCAAAGCUUACUUGAAGACUUCUCACGGCAAUCACCAAAAUGUUGGCGAUGAGCCCGUCGUCAUAAACGCCAUCCUCGCGGGAAUUGAAAAAGAAGAAAAGACCAAAGGUUCAGAAUCAGUUCUAGCGACCGAAACUCUAAAGUAUCAAGACAAAAGCAUCGCCUCAGAAAUGAUCGAUCACCUCGCCGCCGGCCACGAAACCUCUGGUAUCACAUUAACCUACAUCGCAUGGUACCUCUCUCAAAACCCUCGUCUCCAAGACGAACUUCGAGCCGAGCUCUUAAAUCUCUCUCCAUCUUUCAAAAUCUCAUCAAACAACAAAGACCUACCGCCCACCAAAACCAUCGAUGCCCUCCCCCUCCUCCACGCAAUCAUAAUGGAAACCCUCCGUCUCAACGCCGCAAUCCCAGGCUCCCAACCCCGCCAAACACCCUUCCCAUCCACCUUCCUCGGUCCCUACACCAUCCCCGGCGGCACCCGCGUCUCUUCUGCAGCUUACACACUCCAUCGCGCCCCUUCCGCCUUCCCUGACCCGGAAGUCUGGGAUCACACGCGCUUUUUAAACACUGGGAAAUCGGAGCAGCAGAUUAAGGAUAGAGAUAGACAUUUUUGGGCGUUUAGUAGUGGAGGACGCAUGUGUGUGGGUAGCAAUUUCGCGAUGCAGGAAUUGAAAAUGGUGGUUGCGGCUAUUUGGACGAAUUUUAGAACGGUGGUGGUGGAUGAUAAGGGGAUGGAGCAGGAGGAUGGGUAUACGUGUGGGCCGGUGGGAAAUCGGUUGGUAUUGAGAUUUGAGGAGGUAGUGUAG